AUGACAAUGCAGCCACAACUACAAAUACCUCAAACCCAGCAACACCACCUCCAACUCCAGCCCCCUUCAAAAACCACAAGACAUCCAUCAACGCUCUCCCCACAAGAACUCGACCUCGACUAUGACUACGACGAUAUCGACAUCUUCCCAACAGGUCUGACCCCAGACCUAACCUGGAUCGACCUCCCAGUUGCCGCGCGAAACGCAGACACUGCAGACAUCUCAACCUCGAAUCUGAGUGUGCGUGAUGCUUUUGAUAUCUUGGAUAUAUCGCUCCCGGAUCCGGUAGGCUGGAGCCCGUACGAGUCCUCGGCUUCGGGGUCUGUGAGUUCGAUGCCUUCACACCAGCCGACUGCAGAGGCUCUUUCCAGAUCAUCGAGUCCGAGUACAGCCACAUUUACAGCUACAGCUACGAAUACCUUGUCGGACGACUCUUUUCAGUUCAUAAAUGCGGCACCGGUAGCUGCAGGCACCGGCACCGGAAUGACACUCACAACACCCCCGGAGCCAGGCCCAGGGCCACAAACAAGGCCCAACCUACUUCUCUUGCCACAAUCUACCGCCACAUCUUCACCUACGGGUACUCCAUUUGAUUCAUCUCUUGCAAAAACGAGGGGAGUAUCGAAGCGUCAGCUCAACACGGAGGCGGCGCGGCGAUACCGGCAGCGGAAAGUGGAUCGAAUGAAUCAGCUUGAGGAGGAGUUGGAGCUUAUAAAGAAGGAGAGGGAUGAGUUGCGGAUGAGGGUGUCGAAGCUUGCGGGGGAGACGGAGGGACUGAAGAGGUUGUUGGAUGUUAAGACUUAG